AUGUAAACUCAAUAAUUAUUUUUUGAUUCUUCUAAUACUAAUGAAAAGAAAUAAUGGGUCAAACUUGACCUUAUCAAACGUCCUAUUUCCACUAUUAGAUUAUUUGAAGGAACUUUAUUUAUUAAGAGUAAAAAACAAGAUUACUUCAAACCUAAAUUUUUUAAGUUAUUUUCUGAUAGAUUAAACAUUUAUAAAGUAUAUAAUAUCUUUGAAUUUAUUUUUAGAAUGGAAGAGAAUAAAAAGAAAUUGCUGCACUUUUUUUAACUAAUAUUUAUUUAGACUUAAGAAUUUUACUUUAAUCUGAUAAAGACAAAUUUCCUAUAAUUUUGCUAAAUGGAAAUCGAAAGGUGAUUUUGAAUGCUCGCUCUUAGGAAAGUCAAAUUAAAUGGAUUGAAUAAUUCAAAAAAACUUGUAUACUGAAUAAUUAUAAAGACGUUUAUACAAAUAUUAAAGUUUUAGGAAAAGGUACAUUUGCAAAGGUAAUUAAAUUCAUUAAUAAGGUUAUAUUAGCCUAAAAAAUGGAAAAUAAAUCCAAAUUUGCAGUGAAGACUUUUUAAAA